UGGCGGCCAAGCUUUACUAUGGAACAAAGAAGUCAAGCGAACACGGUUGGAUUGGACGACACAUACGAAGUACAGUGUAUUAUGCAGCGAACAUUUCGAAAGAUCAUGUUUCGAAGAGGGUCCCUUGCGAAUGGCAGAAAUGGGAAUCAGCACUCGUCGACUCGUGCUGAAGAAAGGUGCGAAGCCAACUAUUUUCGAUAGACCACGGACAAGUCCGGAGCACCCGACCCCCUCCACAAGCGGACAGACUGGGCACAUGAGGUCUGCAUUUGCCAAAAGGGAAAGGAAGAGGACAAUAGAUCAGAUCAUGGACAGUACGACUACGGCAUCAGUGGCGGAUGCGGUGGAUGAACCAAUGGCAAUGGCACUAGAUUUGCCUGAUGAGGAGGGCGAUCAAGAUCAGGGAAAUACAAGAGAACAAGGAUGCCAGACGGACUGGGUACCGAUUGGGACAGCACCAACAGCAAUGACCAGUAGCAAGAGCACCCAAACAGGGAAAAUACAUCAUAGAUCAAAGGGACACCAGGUGACCCCAGAUAUCCUCGAGAGGGUUAGAGCUCGGCCGGCCAGGGUUAGUGAAGUCCCAUUGUCAAGUGUAGCAGCUCCAUCUGACAGCCCCGAGAUGCAGACUAACAUAGCAGCUCCAGGUGUGUCUGGAAUGCAAGCCAAGCUACGACCACCUCCUGCAUUGUUUGAUGAAGGACCAGCAUCAAGUCCCACUGCGCCUUUUGUUGGUGGUUCUUCCGAUGACAGCUAUGUGCCGAGUGAGUCAACGACAUCGGAUCCGUGUCAAUCUGACGGGUCGCCAGAUCGCCCAUGUACUCACCAGAUGCGUGAAGAGGGCUGCCACAAGGAACCGAAGUACAUCAUCUUUGAGUCGUGCCUCCAGAGUCUCGUCAAGUGGUGUCACUGUCCAGUCUGUGGCAGCCAGGACAUAAGCCCUUCUUGGGAUUCGAACGGUACACAGCUGACCAUGACUCUUCAAUGUGCAUCAUGUGACCAGAGGAGUAGUUGGAGCAGCCAGCCAAACAUUGGCCCUUAUGCCGCGGGCAACAUCCUGCUGUCUGCUGGCAUCCUCUUCGCUGGGGCAUCUUCUGGCAAGGUGUUGCAAGUGCUGAACAGCAUCGGAGUGGUCACGUAUGUGAAGAGGACAUUUUUCAACCACCAGGAGCUCAUCCUGCAGCCAGCCAUCAAAAAGGUGUGGGAGGAACAGCAACGGACGCACCUCACCAUGCUGCAGGUGGAAGGCCGACCCCUCGUCCUUGGUGGUGAUGGGCGAGCAGACAGUCCGGGACACAGCGCCAAGUUCGGUACCUACACCACAAUGGAGCUUGUGGCCAAUGUGGUUCUCGACCUUCAGGUUGUACAGAGCAACGAAUGUCUUGGCAGCUACCAUAUGGAGAUGGAAGGACUGAAGAGGAUGGUGGAACUGCUGAUCAGCUGGGACCUGGAUGUCGGGGUGCUGGUGACAGACAGACACAGACAGAUCGCUAAAUGGAUUCGUGAAAACAUGCCCAAUACACGGCACUGCUAUGACAUCUGGCAUGUUGCAAAAUCCAUCGGAAAGAAACUGAAGGCCAUCGCCAAGCAUAAGGACUGUGAAGACCUGAAGCCCUGGGUGCAAAGUAUAAUCAACCACCUCUACUGGGCAGCAGUGUCUACACCGCCUGGAGAGGGGGAACUUCUGGUUGCCAAGUGGAAGUCUGUGGAGCGACACAUUCAGAACAUCCACAAGGACCAUGGCGACCUCUUCCCAAUUUGUACUCAUGGACAACUGCAACGGCAAAAGAAAUGGCUCAAACAAAGUUCACGCUCAGCAGUGAAACUGGAGGAGGUGGUCAACAACAAGUCCCUGCUAAAAGAUAUCGCCAUGCUGUCGGGUGAACACCAGACUUCCAAGGUGGAGGCGUUCCAUAGCCUUAUCAUACAGUUCGCACCGAAAAUGUAUGUCUUCUCAUACAUCGGAAUGCUGUGCAGGAACCUGCUUGCUGGGCUGCACUGGAACGAAAAUUCGAGCCGCCCUAUAGCCACUACACAAGCGGGUGCUGAGCGCUAUGCAGUACGCUACCCGAAGUAUAAAGCAGGGGGCCAUGUGGUCAAGAAAAUCGCGACAGAGCCAACAUACCGCUACGUAGAUGACUUGAUCAGGGAGGUUGUUGCUGGCUGCAGACAGACCCCUGACGAGAGAACACCACUCAGCGUCACUGUGGAUGUGCCUCCCUUCCUCUGCGAUGAACUGGAGAAGCCAGACAAGGAGGAAGCCAUCGCCAAGCACAGGAGUCGCUUCGGUAAGUGUGAAAUGCCCUCCCGGUAACAGUUAGAGAUGCUACCUCAGUAGAAGCAUUUAAGUCCCAUCUUAAAACUCAUUUGUAUACUCUAGCCUUUAAAUAGACCCCCUUUUUAGACCAGUUGAUCUGCCGUUUCUUUUCUUUUCUCCUCUGCCCCCCCCCCCACGUGGAGGGGUUAUUCCGGUGACCAUGGAUAAAGUGCUGGCUGUCCAGAGUUGGGACCCGGGGUAUACCGCUCGCCUGUGCAUCGGUUGGGGACAUCUGCGCUGCUGACCCGUCUCCGCUCGGGGUGGCCUCCUGCUGGCUCCACUGGACCCUCACUAAUAUGUUAGACCCACUCGACAUCCAUUGCUUUCGGUCUCCCCUAGAGGGGGGGGGUUACCCACAUAUGCGGUCCUCUCCAAGGUUUCUCAUAGUCAUUCACAUCGACGUCCUACUGGGGUGAGUUUUCCUUGCCCGUGUGUGGGCUCUGUACCGAGGAUGUCGUUGUGGCUUGUACAGCCCUUUGAGACAUUUGUGAUUUAGUGCUAUAUAAAUAAACAUUGAUUGAUUGACUGAU